AUGACAGCCCUCUCCCCAGGCAUCCGAUAUGCAUGGAGAGGCUCGACGGGAAAGGACCAUAGCUUGGACCAGAGCAAGCGUGGCAACACUACGGAUCCCAUAACCAAGGGUUCGGCUGGUGGGUUGAAAGACAAGGAAGAAGCCACAAAAGGAACGGGAAAUUCCAAAAGCAAUGCCAUGACAGAACGAGAUCACGAAGGUUCCACGAAGAACGCAGAGAAGAGCUUCUAG